AUGAAGCCUCAAGAGAAGACCCUAUUAGAUGUUGCGAGUAAUGGCUCUCUGACGAAGUACAAGACGGUGACAGAAGCGUGGCAACUGAUCACCGAUCUAGUUGAGUCUACCCGCAAUGCAAGGCAAAGGACUAAUCAUCCCAAGGCUAUUGCAGAAGUUUCUUCCAGUAGUGAGACUGCUGCUCUCACCAAGACUCUGGGAGAGAUGACCAAUAUACUCAAGCAGCUCCAGCUGAAUCAACAACAACCUCCUCCUCCUCCACAGCAGCAAUGUCAACAAGAGGAGUCCCGAGGAGCCAGCUCAAGAGAAGACAUUCAUGUUGAAGACAUUGUUGAGGUAGAAGAUGUUGAAGAAGAGGAUGAGGUACAAAAUGUGGGUGAAGAAGAAGUUGCUCAACCAAGAAGUAGAGUACCUAAGGAAGAUGAUGUUGUGAGAAAAGCCAUUCCCAUUCCUUUUCCACACCUUGCUAGGAGGACUAAGAAGCAAGUGGAGCUAGAUCCCAAGAUGGUGGAGAUCUUCAAAAAGGUUGAGGUAACCAUUCUCCUUUUUUAUGCUAUUUGCCAAAUGCCUAAAUAUGCUAAGUUUCUAAAAGAUUUAUGCAUGAAUAAGGAUAAGAUACAUGAUUUAGAAACUAUUUCUUUGGGUAGCUCAAUUUCUGCUCUUAUGGGUGCUAUACCGAAGAAAUAUGGUGAUCCCGGUCCAUGCAUAGUUACUUGUACUAUAGGGGGUGUUCAAUUUGUUGACUGUAUGUGUGAUUUAGGUGCAUGUCUUAGUAUUAUGCCAUUAUCUGUAUAUGAUGCUCUGAGGCUCCCAUCCUUAAAAAGGUCGGUAGCACGUUUUGUUUUGGCAGAUAAGAGCAUAAUCUCGGUGGUUGGCAUUGCGGAAGACGUCCUGGUGAGCAUUAAGGGGCUGGCGUUUCUUAUUGACUUCUACAUCCUAGAGAUGCCCCCUAGUGACUCAGGAAGACCUUCAUUCAUCUUGCUUGGAAGGCCAUUUUUGAAGACUUCGCAGUUUAAACUAGAUGCCUUCUCAGGUACCUAUUCUUUUGAGAUAGAUGGAAUAGUAGUGAGCUUCAACCUUGAUGAAGCUAUGAAGCACCCACUGGAAGACCAAUCCAUCUUUUAG